GGCUCUGUCCUCCACCCUCCGACGCCAGGACAGAGUGAGCUGCAGGGCUGGCCAUGGGUUCCCAUCCCAACCCUCUCCUGGUCCUCGUGCUCUGCCUGGCCCCGGCCGUCCACCUCGGGGACGGGGCCCCGCCCGCACCCUCCAUCGGGGCCGAGCCGGGGCCUGUGAUCCGCCGGGGACAGCCUGUGACCAUCGUGUGCCGGGGCCCAGCUGGGGCUGACCUGUUCCGUCUGGUGGAAAAGGAGAAUCUGUCUGCUUAUUGGGAUCAGGAAAUCUCUUCUCCACAUGGCUCACAGGGGACAGAGGCCAGAUUCCGCAUCCCUGCAGUGAAUGAAGACACGGCUGGGACUUAUCACUGCCUGUAUCACAAAGUGACCAAUUCAUCGCAGUGGUCUGCGCACAGUGACCCCCUGGAACUGCAGGUGACCGAUGAGGACGUCUCCACUCCACCUUCAGCUCCAGCCUGUGACGCACGUCCUCCUGAUUCCUCACUCCUAGGAGACACACGGACAAAUUCCCAGGACAGUAACAAGAGCAGCUUGUCGACAGAGCAUAUUUACAUUCUUGUCGGGAUCUCUGUAGCCUUUGCCCUUUGCCUCCUCUUCCUGGUCCUCCUUCUAGUACAUCAGCAGCGUCAGAAAAAACGCGGACCCCCCGGGAGCAAGGGCAAGGAGCCCGCGCCCCAGGAGAGGCGCAGCCCGACUGCUGACGUCAUAGAGAGCACAGCAGAUGUGGCGGCAGCGGAUACAGUUCCUGAGAAGAACAGAGACACGCACAGCCCAAGCCCUGCUGCAGGAGACCCCCAGGAGGUGACGUAUGCCCAGCUGGACCAGUGGGCCCUCACACGGAGAGCCGCUCAAGACGCAUCCCCACCGACCAUGGAGCCCACAGGCGACUCCAGCAUGUAUGCAGCCCUCCCCAGACGCUGACUUCAGGACCGCCCGGCCUUUGUUCCCAGAGACACGGGAAGUGACUCUUGGAAAGGCCAGUAACAGCCACUUGUAGGAUUUCCCUAUGAAAAUAUCCCUGUCUUGAAAGUCAUCUUGGCAAUUGUUCUGGAGGCAAGACCUGGAGUCCAAGACCCCUACUCACCAUGUAGGAGGUUAGCUAACCGGGUAACCCCUCCUCCCAUCAACCAGUUCGGAGGAGCUCCCUUGGAACACUUGUGUCCACAGAGCUAUCUACUGGCAGCUGACUGUUUCCAGAGGCCCAGCAAGUGUUGUCUAGCAGUUUCUAGAGACCCAGCUCUUUCCAGCAGUUUCCAGGGACCCAGCUAAUGUUGUCCAGCAGUUUCCAGGGACCCAGCUACUGUUGCCCAGCAGUUGCCAGGGACCCAGAUGAGGUGGUCAAACCAGCUGUCCCAUCAGGUUAAAAUGAGCCUUCACCCUGAGAACUGCUAGGGGGCGCAAGGGUCUGUUCGCAUUAACUUUGCAUUAUUUUUUAAUAGCAAAAAGGAGAAACCUGCAUGCCUGUUACAAGCCUCGCAUUAAAAAAAUGUUAUCCUAUAUUAAAGGAAUAUAUUUAAAAUUUCAA